GGUCUGUUUCUUUCUUCCACAGGCAACUCAUUCGAACCAAAAAAAAAACCGUUUGUCAAACAGGGAGUCUGCGCGCUUCUUCCUCAUCGCCAGUGCCGCAUUCUCCGCUGCAAAUUCGUAGACUACAUCCUUCUCAAGCAUCAGCUAAGCCGCCAAAGAGAUUUCCGCGAUGCGCCAGAACGUUGUGCUCGUUGCGCUCUCGGCGCUCGCCCUCGCCAACGCCCAGGACAACAGCCAGAACUUCACCAUCGACCCGAACUCGGUAAAGGCCUCGCUCAGGGCCGAUUGGUGUGCUGCGGAAUACAACUCCUGCCGCGUCCUUUGCGCCAACAACCCGACGGCCAACGACUGCGAUGUGAACACUUUGGAGUACACGUGCACUUGCUCUAACGGCUCGGCGCCUGGCCUGCAAUACUAUAUCCAGACCAUCCCCACAUUCAUCUGCGAGCAAGCCUACUCGGACUGCAUCGCUGCCAACACGGCCAGCUCCAGGGCUCAGGAUGAGUGCAAGACGAACAUCAAGGACAAGUGCGGCACUCUGGAUCCCGCCAAGGCCCAGGUUAGCGACCCGUCCCAGAGCGAGUCUAGCUCGUCGUCUGCCACCCAGGCUCCGACUGCAUCUAGCUCGCAGAACGCCGCUGCCAGCACGUCGAGCUCGACAGCUGGCGCCGCCGCCACUGCCGCCGGCUACAUCGGCAACGGCGCCGCCAUGAUUGCCGCCGGCGUGUUUGCCGCGCUGCUCUAGUAAACCGUGGGGUCAUGCGACCCAAUGGCAGCACAGGGUGUGGUCACGAUCAUGGGGCGCGGGUAUUGCGGCCACAGCCAUUAAUCCUGUUCUCUCGUAUUGCCUUUUCUCUCAAUUCCCUCUGGACGGGCUUUUCGGGUCGGCGACAGCAGGAACUGCAGGUACAUAACUCGCCGCGACAAACUGGUACUCAGUACAAAGGGCCUGGUACGCACGAGAAGACGAGGUUCUGUUUGAUGAUUCUCAGGGCACGGAAUGACGCCGCAGAGUGGGGGGCGGCUUAAUGGAGGAGGACGAAGAGAUGGCAUAGGGGGAGGUGUUUUAGGAGCUAGCACUAUAUCUAUUUGCUUCUCAGUUUUUGGCUCCAGGGUGUUUCAAAGGUGACAUGUCUAUGGCACGUUGGGCUUCAAUACAUGUGAGGGCUGCGGCUGAGGAUUGAGUCUGGGAAGCUGAACAAUUCCUUUGUUCUUGCCUCUUGGUCGUCAUUCUCUUGUUCAACAUUCCCUUUAAGCACAGACAAUGAAUGUGCUGAGAUAUAUAAUACAGGCCUACUGC